CUUCUUUUUCCCAUUUUUCCCAAUCCCCUUUUUCUUCUACUUCUUUUUGCAAAACUUCUUUUUUUAUAACUUUUUACUUGAUCAAACAAUUCAUUGAUUUAUCAUGGCUCAUAGACUUGGUGGACGUAGAAAGAAUGUGAAAAAAGGAUUUCAAUUUACUUUAAUGGUCGUAGGUGCAUCGGGUACUGGUCGUACAACGUUUGUCAAUACUUUAUGUGAUUCUAAUGUUCUUGCGAAGAAGAUAUGUGAUAAUCCUGAAGAAGCUCAUAAUGAAGAAGGCAUCACCAUCAAGCCGGUUUCUGUAGAAUUGGAUGAAGAUGGUGUUAGAAUUUCCUUGACCAUAGUAGAUACUCCUGGUUUUGGUGAUAACAUUGAUAAUGAACAUUGUUUCCAAGAAAUUGUGGGUUAUCUUGAACGACAAUAUGACGAUAUUCUAGCAGAAGAAUCACGUAUUAAACGUAAUCCUCGUUUCCGUGAUAAUCGCGUUCAUGCUUUACUUUAUUUUAUUUCUCCUACUGGUCAUGCUCUUCGUGAAAUUGAUAUUGAACUUAUGCGUCGUCUUAGUCCUCGUGUUAAUGUAAUUCCUGUUGUUGGUCGUGCUGAUUCUUUGACUCCACAAGAACUCAAGGAUUUCAAGAGAAGGAUUAUGGAAGAUAUUGAACAUUACAAUAUUCCUAUCUACAACUUCCCAUAUGAUGUGGAAGAAGAUGAUGAAGAUACUAUUGAAGAAAACAGUGAACUUCGUGCUUUAUUACCCUUUUCGAUAAUUGGUAGUGAUGAAGAAAUCGUGGUAGGUGGUCGUACUGUACGUGGACGUCAAUAUCCAUGGGGUGCAGUAGAAGUGGAUAAUCCUCAACAUUCUGAUUUUGCUCGAUUGCGUUCGGCUUUGUUAAGUUCUCAUUUACAAGAUCUCAAGGAAAUUACUCAUGACUUUUUGUAUGAAAAUUAUCGUACUGAGAAGUUGAGUCGAACUGUCAAUGGUGGUGAACAAGAUGAUGCCGCUUUGAAUGCUGAAGAUAUGGCCAGUCAAAAUGUACGUAUGAAAGAGGAACAAUUACGAAAGGAAGAAGAAAAGUUACGUGAUAUCGAGUUGAAGGUACAACGUGAAAUUCAAGAAAAACGGGCUGAACUAUUGAAUAAGGAAGAAGCAUUACGAAGUCUGGAAUCAAGAUUGGCACAAGCUCAAAUUGCUGAUGCUUAGAAUUAGUUUGUUUGUUUUUUAAUGAUAUCAUUUAGUAUUAGUAUUGAUAUGAUAUAACUUCCUAUUUUAUCAUUAGAUCCCUUUCAUACUUUUUUUUGCAUUUCGUUUUUUUUAUAUCUAUUCUUGUUUUUCUUUAUUUUUUUUAUUUUAUUUUUCUUUUCUCUCAAUCUUCCUUCCUAUCUCCCCAUAUUUUUUUUUAUCGUACCUAGUUUAAUAAUUUUUUUUAUAUGAAUAAACGUAUUUAUCGACCUCC